GAUUUGUUUAUACAGGCUUCGUUUAAAUUACAAACAGAGGUUUAUUGGAAAGCCGACGCAGAAAAGGUAAAUGGUAUUGCAGAUGCAGUCAUGGUCGUGUGUUUCCUCAUCCACACCGUGUGUCAGGUGAGUGCGCUUUCUGCAGGGGAAAGCCGCAUCUUGUACUCUCGUCUGUUUGGACCAGAGCAGCUCCUGGUUCCCCGACAACAGCUGUCCACCGAGCAGCAGAGACUGGCUCAGAAAGAGGCUCUUAGCCUCAUUGCCAGGCAGGUACGAAAUGCUGUGUGUUUGAGCCGGGAGGCAUGUGGCAGCCUGAAUGUAGAGGCUGGACUUGGAGAGGAGGCGUUAGCACUAAGUGAAGCUGAAUGUGGCGUGUUGUCUUUAGGCCAUGGAGAGCCUUUUGCUGGGCGCUGUGUGGGUCUGUGGCUUGGGGUAAAGGAUCUGGCCUUUACUCUGGUGUGUCAACCACAUGAGAACCUUGUGCUUGCUGAGGGAACCCUACGGAACCUGACGCGCCACUGUCUGGAGGAAUUGCGCCUGCUCGGACCUGGAAGUGAGGUGCUGCUAAAAAGUGACCGGGUGGAUGCAAUGCUCCAGAGACUUCUUCCCCAUGGACAGCUUCUGUUCCUCAACCAUCGAUUUGCACAGAACAUGGACAAAGAACUUUCCAGCUACAUGGGCAAAUGAAACAAGUGAACACUCGCUAGUCAGCAUAGAUUUAAUAUUUUCAUCAUGAUGACUGGAUUGUGAUUUUUAGAUUUUGAGUUAAUUGCAAUUGCAAAAUGCAAAAAUCUUAUUGCAAAAUGCAAAAAUAUGUUUACAGCAAAUCUAUUGAUGCUUUGUGGUGUAUUUUCUUACUAAACUCUAACAUUUUGAUUUUGAAGGUAUUGAAAAAUACUGCUCUGAGAUCUAAACAUAGAAUGCAUUUAUUUGUCAUAUAGACGUACAUAUACAGAUGUACAGUACAAUGAAAUUCUUUCUUCGCGUAUCCCAGCUAGUUUGAAAGUUGGGGUCAGCCAUUUUUUGGCGCCCCUGGAGCAGGCUGUGGAUGCAUGGCAAAGCUGUGAUUCGAACUCUAAACCUUUCAGUUGAUAGCCCUAACCACUAGGCUCCCACUGUCCAUAAUCUGCAUAACGGUGCAGUUGUACUCUUCUUGUGACUGUUUUCAUGCACAAGGAAGUCAAGGAAAAAUGCGUUGAUCAGGGUGUGGCUCUCCGUACACAAAGCUGAUGCACAGUAGAGAGGAAGCGUAAUGCAAUCGGGUAAUUGGAUACAACUAGAUUGGGAGGAAAGUUGGGAAAAUGCAAAACAAUGUGUCUCAAAUAUGUGAAGAAUUACUGGCACAAAAUGACGAGCCAUGACACAUCUUUGUUGGCCUUUGAUUGAUCUAAUAUAUCCAAUCAUACCCUCACAUGUUACCAAUUCCACUGCUUAUUGUGGAAUGUUUUACAAUGGUGUAACUUGAAUAUUCUAGAAAAUUCCCUUUUAGCAUUUGGUAUGACCAUAUUUAUCAAAGAGGGGCAAUGGCUGAAAGUUUGAGUUUAGAGUUAUUAACUCAAAUGAGCCUCUGAUGAGUAGAUCAAAUCCCCAUGCUCUGAUCAAAUCAUCUAAACAUGCACUUCAAUAGAAAUAAUUAUUAGUUUGUUUAAAGUGAUUAACAUGCUCAAUUUUACAAAUAUGCUUGUCUGCAUUUUAAGUUGUGCCAAAUACUAAUAAACCCUAAAAUGUAUGUAAA